GGGUCAGUUGCAAAGGUAGGAGGCUGUGGAGGAGCUUCCGGAGCUCGCGGUCUGAAGGGAGGGAGUCCCCACGAAGGUCUGGGUGGAGUCUUUCUCCAGUGGGUCCUCACCCUGUAAAUCCCUGUAGGCGAGCCUGCUGCCUAGGAAGAAAAGAGGAAGACCUUUUCCUCUCUGGGAUCCUUCUGCCUGUCCAGCACAGUCUGCAGAGGACAGAGGCCUGGAGCCAGAGGUAAUGGCCCCUGGGAGCAGCAGCCCCCCUCCCCAGGGGUUGGUGACAUUCAAGGAUGUGGCUGUGGACUUCACCCAAGAGGAGUGGGGCCUCUUGGACCAUGCUCAGAAGGAGUUGUACAAGGGGGUCAUGCUGGAGAAUGCUCGGAACCUGCUCUCCCUGGGUCUUCUAGUUCCCAGAGAAGAUGUGAUCUCUUUUUUUGUGCUAAGGGAACCACCAUGGAUGCUGGAGCAAGAAAGCCUGAAGAGCUGCUGUCCAGAAGGAGAGAUCAGUCUGGAAAUGCAGGAAACUGCUGCAGAGCUAACCCUUUCUGUGGAAGAAACUCACAAGCAAAGAUUCAUGAGUGACGGUCCCUCUGACUUCAGUUGGAGAGAAGUCUGCACAAUGCCCGAGAGUAUCCAUAUUGCAGAGAAAUAUUAUGACUCUAAACAAUGUGGAAAGGGUUUUACAAAGAGGAAAUGUGUAAUUGCACAUCAGAGAAUCCACACUGCAGAGAAAACUUAUAAAUGCCGUCAGUGUGGAAAGACUUUUACAUGGAAGGAUGGGCUUCUUCAACAUCAGAAGAUCCACACUGCAGAAAAACUUUAUGAAUGUACUCAAUGUGGAAAGACUUUUAGAGACAAGAGAUGUCUUAUUGCACAUCAAUGGAAACAUACUGGAGAGAAACCUUAUAAAUGUUGUCAAUGUGGAAAGGUUUUUACAUGGAAGGUUAGUGUUGUUAAACAUGAGAGAAUCCACACUGGAGAGAAACCUUAUGAAUGUAAUCAAUGUGGAAAAGCUUUUACACAGCGGGCUUAUCUUAUUAAACAUCAGAGAACACACACUGGAGAGAAACCUUAUGAAUGUAAUGAAUGUGGAAAAGCUUUUAAAUGGUCGGAAUACCUUACUCUACAUAAGAGAAUCCACACAGGAGAGAAACCUUAUGAAUGUAAUCAGUGUGGAAAAACUUUCAUACACAGGGCUUAUCUUACUGCACAUCAGAAAACACACACUGGAGAGAAACCUUAUAAAUGUUAUCAAUGUGGAAAGACUUACAGAUGGAAGGACAGACUUAUUGCACAUCAGAGAAUCCACACUGCGGAGAAAACUUAUAGAUGCCAUCAGUGUGGAAAGACUUUUAUAUGGGAGGAUGGGCUUCUUCAACAUCAGAGGAUCCACACUGUAGAGAAACUUUAUGAAUGUACUCAAUGUGGAAAGACUUUUAGAGAAAAGAGAUGUCUUAUUGCACAUGAGUGGAUACAUACUGGAGAGAAACCUUAUAAAUGCAAUCAAUGUGGAAAGGUUUUUACGUGGAAGGACAGUCUUGUUAAACAUGAAAGAAUCCACACUGGAGAGAAACCUUAUGAAUGUAAUCAAUGUGGAAAAACUUUUAUACAGCGGGCUUAUCUUAUUAAACAUCAGAGAACCCACACUGGAGAGAAACCUUAUGAAUGUAAUCAAUGUGGAAAAUCUUUUAAAUGGUCGGAAUGCCUUACUCUACACCAGAGAAUCCACACUGGAGAGAAACCUUAUGAAUGUAAUCAGUGUGGAAAAGCUUUUAUACACAGGGCUCAUCUUAUUGCACAUCAGAGAACACACACUGGAGAGAAGCCUUAUAAAUGUUAUCAAUGUGGAAAGACUUACAGAUGGAAAGAAAGUCUUGUUGAACAUCAGAGAAUCCACACUGGAGAGAAACCUUAUGAAUGUAAUCAAUGUGGAAAGACUUUCAGAAGUAGGAAUUAUAUUGUUGAACAUCAGAGGAUCCACACUGGAGAGAAACCUUAUGAAUGUAACCAGUGUGAAAAGGCUUUUACAAGGAGGGCUAGUCUUAUUAUACAUCAGAGAACCCACACUGGAGUGAAACCUUAUGAAUGUAAUCAAUGUGAAAAGACUUUUAUAUGUAAGGGUGGUCUCGUUAUACAUCAGAGAACCCACACUGGAGAGAAACCUUAUGAAUGUAAUCAAUGUGGAAAGACUUUUACAGAGAAGCGCAGUCUUGUUAUUCAUGAAAGAAUCCACACUGGAGAAAAACCUUAUGAAUGCAAUCAAUGUGUAAAGACUUUUACACAGAAGUCGUCUCUUAUUGUACAUCAGAGAAUCCACACUGGAGAGAAACCUUAUGGAUGUGCCCAGUGUGGAAAGGCUUUUAAACGGAGGAACCAUCUUAGCCAGCAUCAGAGAAUCCACACUGGAGAGAAACUUUAACAAUGUAAUCAUCACAGUAAAACCUUCAGGCUAAAGUCAGCCCUUUUUUAUCAUCAGAGAAUUCAUGGAGCUACAGGAAUCUUCUAACUGACCUGAAUGAAGAAAGGCAUUGAAAUGGAGCACAGAGCUUCUUAGCAGAAAAUUCACUCUGGAUAUAAGCCAUCUACGGACUCCCUAUGGGAAGGCUUUCAGCCAGAGAUUAUCUCUUAUCCUUUCAUCAGAGGAUUUAUAAUGAAAAGAAACCUUAUAAAUAUCCUCAGUAGGUACAUGCUUUUCUCUAGAACAUGGAGGUCAUGGGUGAAGGUUAAAUUAUGUGUCUGACCAUAACAGAAAGGUGAGAUAAAGAAAAGAACACAUGCCAACCCUCCUGGUUGCGAAACAGAAAAGGAGGCAAUAGAUGGAUAACAUGCAGAACUAUGUGAGAGAAUACAUCUGGAUGUUCUCAGAAAUAGAAUGUUUUCAGAAUAAGGGUAAGACUUUGUGUCAAUCUUACGUGAACUGGAGAACAACCUUUGAUGAAGGGAAGAAAUCAGAUUUGUUUGAUCAAGGAUAUAACAAUUGGAGCAAUUUAGGGGAAUGUGUUUUCCCACAGGCCACCUACAUGGAUAUAUUCAGCCUACAUCCAGGCCACUGCAUGUGACAGUCAAAAAACUUCACAUUAAGUUGAGAUCCUAAAAUCUGUCACUAAACGAUUAUGAUGUUGAAGCAGAGAUUCCCCUGUUGCACUUAAGGCAGGGUAGAACCAUUGUGUGAACAAAACAGAAGCUCCUACGCAGGCAAAAGGCCUUGCAAUCUCUAUCUGCAAAGCUUCCCAUGGUUUCUCCUGCUCUACCAGUCUGGAAAGGAAAGCUGAAGGAACUCAGUUCCAUAUCAGAGGCACUUGGGCUGCUUGUCACAUGCUCUCUACAAAUCAAUGAAGGGCUCAAGUCCUGAUGACAGCACCCUCAUUGGAGUGUUGGUUUCCAGUUCAGAGACCAACAGACAUGAGGGAGCAAUUCAAGAGGCAUUUUGGGAAGUCUAUAUUUUCUCAUCAAGGCAAGUCAGAAGACUCUUCUUUUGACAAAAAAGGCAGACAGUGAUAGGAAGAAAGGUUUCUAAUGAAAUUCAUUUGGAUGCUAAUUAGGAUCCUAGCCAACUUCUUGUUCCCUUGUCAAUGAAUUUAUCAGAGAAACUUGAGUUGGAAGGGCCUUCAGAGGCAUCUCUUUGAAAUCAUUUCUUCUUAAAGACCAGCUAGGAAGGCAACCCAUUAUAAGGAUACUUUUCAUCACAUCAAACUGAAAUCUGCCUCUUGCAGCUUACACUCAUUGGUUCUAGGUCUUCCCUGUUGGGCCAAGCAGAACAAAUGUGAUUCAUCUUAGGCUAUCAAGGUAUUUCAGGUAUUUCAUAUUGCCCACCAAGUUUUGUCUUCUUCAGGAUAAGUAGCCUCACUUCUUUCAACUGGUCCUCUAAUCCAUCAUAUUCAUAGUCCUUCUUUGGAUGUAUUCCAACUAUUCAAUGCCUCUUGUUAAUUAGCUCCAAUUUAUCCUAAAUAAUAGAUAAAAAGAUAGCUUGUUUGUCCAUAUUUAUUUGUCUGGAGGUAGCUGCCAAAAGUGCCACCAAUCUGGAGUAUAAAUUACUUUGUAAAACCUUGUAAUUGUGUAAUCUGUUUUUGCAAACAAUAAUGGAACCAUAACUUUGGCACCCUAAUAUCUGUCAGUUAUGCAUAUGUUUGUGGGUUAGUUAGAAAUGACAGGAUAUCAUGACUUGUCUGAACCUAUGUCUUGCCACUGGACUCUUAUAACACUGGAGGGGAGAGUGAGGUUGAUGACUUUGCACAGCUCUGCCUCACUUAAAUCCAACUCACUUUCAAACAGAGGACCAACAACAGCAAUCUAUGGGUGAAGAAGCACGAGUUCAAAAGUUCAGUGUUCUUCUCUCAGUCAAAUGUAAAGGUUCAGUAUUCCUAUCAGUUACUUUUAAUUGAAGAAAAACUCUGAGCUAAGUUUAAAAGUGUAGUGCUCUCUUAAAACACUUUACUCCAAAAGGAAUUAUCUCAGCACCAGCUGCCAAUCACUUUGUGUCAAGGAAACUUGUUAUCUUCUAUAUCUUUAAGUGCGCUGAUUCAAUUCUAGGCCAUCUGUUAUCUCUACCAGCCUGGAUGAUGCCAUUCCUGGAAAUAUUGUCUCUAGGUGUUUUUUGUACAAUUAGAGGAAACUUCUUAUCUAUCAUUAGUUAUUUCUGCAAGAUCCAGGUGGAAAGUAAUAACAUUUUCAAGAUGAAAAGAUUGGCUGUUUCCAUCCCACAUUUGAGACUUUCAGCCAAUCAUACUCUUCCUGCCCCUGUGAUGCUUAAACCAUUUAUAUUGUUUUCCCCACCUACCAACUUGUGUUCUUUCUUCCUGGGAGGUUGCCUUUCAUCCUCUAUAUCUUUGAGCUUGAUGGGGAAGCCAUUUUCCCUCCUUAUUAGCAAAUUCAUGUUAAAUAAUAAACUGCUAGUGCUCAGAGCUUUGUACCUCA